UACACCACGCCGUACACACGUUUAAACAAACACUAGCACCUGGGAAAAGUCGUGUUUUUGUUUGCCGGAAGUAAAAGUUCUUUUCUCUGCUAUAAAUCCCACUUUUAUUGGUAACACGUGAGAUACGGCCGAGUAUGCCAUUUUAUUUGGAUAACGGAGUUAUUUAUUUUAUUUUUGUUCGCUUCUGUUAUAGUUAGCUAGCUAGUUAACUGUUACCUACCGUGAAGACGGCUAACGUUACGUUACGCAAGUUAACCUAACGCCCUCACGGACACUGCAGAUGGAGACCCCUGAAAAAACAUAAUUUAGAUGAUGCGGUCAAGAGGCCAAACUGCAAUCGAUCCAUCAUCUUCCAAUCUGCUGUACAACAGACACCAUGGAUUUCCCUCUUCAUCUGCAGCAACGCAGAAACUGCAAACAGUUAAGCUGGAGGCUUACCCCUACCUAGCCUGGACUCCUUACUGAACAACAAUGGCAAUGUGCCAAAAAGACUUCUCUAAAUUUUAGUGCUUUUUUGUGUUGAUUGGUGAACUGAACUCCAAAGUAGCCAAGCUCCUCCUGGCUCUCGCGCCAUGUCCUCUUCUCUCCUCACCCCAAACGUCCUCUGUGGCUUGAUGCUUGCCUAUGCCCUCACUGUCCUCUGUACACCAGACUGCACUCCUCGAAAAAGUGUCCCAUAUGAAAGUAGCCAUUUUAAAGUGUUCAGGAAGGAAGGUAUUUGGAAUUACUCCUCCAUGCUGAUGAGGGAGGACCUGGGUCUGCUGAUAGUGGGAGCCAGAGAAGCCAUCUAUGCGCUUGACAUCAAAAACAUCUCUUUUGUCCAGGCUGAGGUAAGGUGGCAGGUCACGCAGGCAAAGCAGGACGAGUGCACCUACAAAGGAAAGCAUCCUGAUAUUGAUUGUCGGAACUACAUAAGGACGCUGCACCAGAUCAGUGAAGAUGUCAUGUAUGUUUGUGGCACAAAUGCUUUCAACCCCAUCUGUGAUACUCUUGUUUAUGCUGACGGACAGCUGAAACUGGAGGGAAAACAGGAGGAGGGGAAGGGCAAAUGUCCCUUUGAUCCCUCUCAGAGGUACUCGUCCGUCGUGGUUGAUGGAGACUUGUACUCUGCGACUGUCCUUAAUUUCCUGGGCUCCGAGCCAGUCAUCCUUCGCAGCUCUCAGACCGUCCUGCGCACUGAAAGCUCCUGGCUCAAUGAGCCCAACUUUGUCUACAUGGAUGUGGUCCCAGAGAGUAUGGACAGUCCUGAAGGGGAUGAUGACAAGAUCUACAUAUUCUUCAGUGAAAAUGCAGUAGAAUAUGAUUUCUACAACAAGCUCAUAGUGUCACGAGUUGCUCAGGUCUGCAAGGGUGAUCGGGGUGGUCAGAGGACCUUGCAAAGGAGAUGGACCUCUUUCCUUAAGGCCAGUCUGGAAUGCCCGGUGUCUGGGAACAUUCUGCCAUUUGUUGUACAAGAUGUCUUCCAGGUUCGCGACAGCAACUGGAGGAACAGUGUUUUUUACGCCAUCUUUACUUCCCAGUCGGCCUCGAAUUACAAGUCUUCAGCAGUGUGUGCGUACAGCGUGUUAGAUAUUAAUGAGGUGUUCUCCCAUGGAAAGUAUAAAACGCCAGUAACAGUAGAGGCCUCUCAUGUGAAGUGGAUCAUGUAUACUGGAGACCCUCCUGUCCCUCGACCAGGAGCUUGCAUCAACAAUGCAGCAAGAGAUUCAAAAAUACAGAGCUCGUUGGACCUUCCUGACAAAACCCUCCAGUUCAUUCGAGAUCGACCGCUCAUGGAUGACAUUGUGAAGCCCCUCACAGGCGAGCCACUGCUUGUCAGGAGAGGGAUUUCAUUCACUCGCAUUGUUGUUGACUGCGCAGUUGCACUUGAUGGAAAGCGUUACCCUGUCAUGUUCAUUGGCACAGACAAUGGCUUUGUGCAGAAAGCAGUGAACUACAAUGGGGAGAUGCACAUCAUUGAGGAAUUACAACUGUUUAAAAGCCCAGAGGCAAUCAGUGUCCUGCGUCUCUCCUCGAGCACGUUCCAGCUGUUUGCUGGUACAGCAUCUGGUGUGGUGCAGAUACCUUUGGCUGACUGCAGUCGCUACUCAUCAUGUCUGGACUGUGUUCUCGCCAGAGAUCCUUACUGUGCCUGGGAUCUGAGGGCUCGCCACUGCACCACUUUCUCCAGCCAAAUGAAAGAUGUUGAUUUCUUGCAAAGUUUAAAAGAGGGUAAUGCUUCCCGCUGCCCUGACCCAGUCCCUGUGAUGCCGAAGAACAGAACCCUUGUGCUGGGCAACAAUGUCAAGUUGCCAUGCCAGCAAGACUCCAGCCUGGCUCAGGUGAACUGGCAAUUUGAUGAAAAGCCGCUCAACCCUUCUAGCAAGAAGUACAGCAUCUAUAACGAUGGCCUCGUCAUCUAUAAUGCUUCAGCCUCUGACGCAGGCCGCUAUACCUGCGAGUCAGUGGAGCACGUAGUCAGUAGACAAUACCACAGGACGCUGGCCGUUUAUGAACUACGCCUUGUGUCAGAUGAAGGUGAUAAAGACCGUAUUUUAGUUGGCAUAGUCACAAAAAAACCUCAUACAUCAACUGCUGUUCCAAAUGUGUAUCCAGGAUCUCCACAACAUCUGAACACUGAGAGCAGCUGGGUGGCCAUGAAGGUUGCUCUGGCUGUGGUGUCGGUGAUGAUGGCAGCAUUGCUGAUGUGGAACCUGUACAUGGGCCAUCUGCAGCUGCAGAUGUGCUGCAGGCAGCAGCACAAGCUGCCAUCUCAUUGUGACUCUGCUACAUGUGCAUUGCACCAGGACACUGCCUCAAACAGUACUGAACCACAAGCUGAACUGUAUCUCAGUGCAAAAAGUAAUCAUAGGAAUGGGAAUAAUGUGGGAUCUUUAAAGUACACCAUGGACGAGUCAGAGAUUUAAGCUUUUUGUGCAAAGGGAGCCUUAUGCAGUUUGUGAAACCUCACAUUGGAGAAAAUGCAUGAACUGAGGAUCUUUGACUUUUUUUAAACAAGAUUGUGUUCACAAGUGAAUGUUAAUAAAAUAACACCUAAAUGACAA